AUGGCUUCACUUACCAUUAACUUUAAAACAUUGCGCCAUGCAUUGAAGAAUAUCAAACUUUUUACUGAUGAACAGCGUCAUGCAUUGAAGAAUAUCAAACUUUUUACUGAUGAACAGCGCCAUGCAUUGAAGAAUAUCAAACUUUUUACUGAUGAACAGCGUCAUGCAUUGAAGAAUAUCAAACUUUUUGCUGAUGAACAGUGCCAUGCAUUGAAGAAUAUCAAACUUUUUACUGAUGAACAGCGCCAUGCAUUGAAGAAUAUCAAACUUUUUACUGAUGAACAGCGCCAUGCAUUGAAGAAUAUCAAACGUUUUACUGAUGAACAACGUCAUGCAUUGAAGAAUAUCAAACUUUUUAGUGAUGAACAACGCCAUGCAUUGAAGAAUAUCAAACUUUUUAGUGAUGAACAACGCCAUGCAUUGAAGAAUAUCAAACGUUUUACUGAUGAACAACGCCAUGCAUUGAAGAAUAUCAAACGUUUUACUGAUGAACAACGCCAUGCAUUGAAGAAUGUCAAACUUUUUAGUGAUGAACAACGCCAUGCAUUGAAGAAUAUCAAACUUUUUAGUGAUGAACAACGCCAUGCAUUGAAGAAUAUCAAACUUUUUACUGAUGAACAACGUCAUGCAUUGAAGAAUAUCAAACGUUUUACUGAUGAACAACGCCAUGUAUUGAAAAAUAUCAAAACCGCCACAGAUGAACAACGCCAUGUAUUGAACAUUGAAAAAUAUUUACUUUUACUGAUGAACGACUCAAUUGCAUUAAAGAGUCGUUGCAUUUAA